UUGGUGGUGCCGGCAUGCCGGCGUUUCGAACGGCGUUUUGCUGGUGCACAUGGUAGCAGUACGCAUGUAAAAGUCUUUAGAGCCGCGUUCUCGAGGCGAGAUGGCCCCGUUAUUGUGUUCGCCCGCCGUGGCCGAAGCGUCGGGCCCGAGUGGCCUGAAGAGCGCGGUGAAGCUCGUCGAGAGUGCCCUGCAGUCGGACAGCGCCUACCCGCUGCUCGUCGACCAGUUUGCCGCCUACGGUCCUCUGCCGAGCUGCAGCGGCCUCCAGGACCUGGACUACCCGGCAGACCCGUACUGCGCUGCCGCACCGGCGCCUGGUGCCUCCAUGGUGUGCCGAAGGGUGCCCUUGCCCGCCGAACUCGCCGAGCAGGCGGCGCACGCGCAGAUGCAGUGCCGUCUGGGGCUGUUUCCUGAGAUAGGCCGUGCCUGGCUGGUGGUGGACAGUGACCUGUUUGUGUGGCGGUACGAGACGGGUGACGACCUGGCCUACUUUGAUGGACUGAGCGAGGCCAUUCUGGCUGUUGGCCUGGUGCAGCCUCGGCCGGGCGUGUUCCAGCGACACAUCCACUCACUCCUCUGCCUGGCCACCUGCACCGAGAUUGUCAUCCUGGGUGCCACCAUGCAGGGCGAUGAACUGCUGCUCCAGCCCGAGCCCGUGUUCACGCUGUCGGCUGACGGUGUGCCUGCGACGUGUGUGGUGGGAUCGGCAUUGGGCCGCAUCUUCUUGGGAGGCCGGGACGGCUGCCUCUACGAGAUCGUCUAUUCGGCCGGCAGCAGCUGGUUUGGGUCGCGCUGCCGCAAGGUGAACCAUUCGAGCAGCACCCUUUCCUACCUUCUGCCUGCCUUCUUGAGCCUGCCCUUUGGCAAGGAGGACCCCAUCGUGCAGACGCAGCAGCAUAAGACUGCGUCAACCCGACUGUGGAGAAACAUAAGACGCCACCACCCUCCAAUGGCACCGGUCCACCUGGAGGCUCCGGAGACGUCUAGCUACGUGCUAGACGGUGAAGCAUUCGCAAAGAACUCGCGUCUGGUUCGAGCGCUCGGUUACCAGCGGCUGGCAAAGCAGUUAGCCGCUUUCCGUACGGGAAGCUCCUCGCACCACUUAGUCAAAUUCUGUAGCACGUCAUCAAGUAAAGACCGGUCACAUUUGAUGUUCUGCCUCCAAAUCUCCUGA